UUCGUUUGGUAUACAUAUACAAGAAUCACAGGCAAUUGUCUUCAGUCGUUAACGUAUGUAUAGCACUAUAUAUUGCUCUACAAUUUAGCAUACUUAAACGCAGAAAACUGGAUCUUCAUUGCCUUAAAAGCAGUUGUGAAGAAGAAGACAAUUUGCUGCAUAAAGCUGAGUUUUACUUAUUCAUAGGACUUGUAUUUCUGUUCUGUUUAAUGGCUUUGUUUGUUGUUAUUGCUUUAAAGGUAUAUUUUGUAACAAUUAAGAAAUUGAAUGGGAAUGACUACGAAGCUUUAUUGUGUUCAAUAGUCCAUUCUGUACGAUUAAUGUAUUGGGGUGCACACAUCGUUUCUCUUCUUUUCCUGUUUGUGUUACUCGUGAUAUUAGUUUGAUUGCGAAUGAAAAAACUAAGUGCGGAUUUGAUAGAAUUAAACCAUGUAACACCUGAAACGAAACUUAAACUGGAAAAUAUUUUUGCAAAGCAUACAGAAAUAUGGGAAAUGUUUGCAAUGGUAAAUGUUAGGUGGAAUGUUUUCAUCCCUAUUAUAUAUUUACAUUUUCUAUACAUCAGUUGCUUCUUAACAUAUGUGGCUAUCUUUGUGGAAAUGGACUAUAAAUUGAAAACACUUAUCGCAUCGAUUUCCAUAUUAUUUACAUGUGGGAUUCUCAUUAUAUCUUGGGGACUCUCUGCACUGACUUCACUCUUGUAUGACGAUUUCAUUUCCGUCGGAAGAUUUUCUUUUGCCAGUUUUCCUCCCUUAUUCAAGUUUAAGAUAAUAGAUUUCAUGAAGAGAUUUCGAGGAAUUCCAAUGGGCAUUUCUAUGGCUGACUUCAUUUACAUCAAGAAGAAUUUUAUAACUAAGGUUGUGAGCGCUCUAUAUUCUGUUUUCUCUUCGUUGAUUCAGUUGAGUGGUGUCUUACGAAAGGAGAAGACAUGUUCUGUUUCUUCUGCAAACGUUUCGGUUAAUUACACCUUAAAUACGAAAUAACAAUAUUAUAUGAAAGAAUGGACGGUAUGGAUAGUAUGUAUACGAUAUAAUACGAAUUUACCUAUGAUUUAUAGUUGAUAAAUAGCUUACAAGACUUUUGUAUCAUCUUGAUCCUUUAAACCAUGCUAUAGUUUCGAAAUGUUCUGUAUUUAUUUGCCUGAAAAUAGCGUAAAUGCAUUUUAUAAAAUCUGUUUUAAUGGGUAUUCAAUGUAACGCAACAUAUGGGAGAUCUGCAAAUGAACUGCCACGAAGGCUGUGAGGCUGUGAGCACCAGUCUUUAUUUAGAUGUUACGUGUUUGAAGAAACUCGAAAGCUGCACGUUUGUAGCUUGUUGACCAGGUGCGGACCCACCACCAGUAUUCACGGGUGUUUUAUCUACUCCUACUGUUAAUCGUACGUUUACCAUGGAAGUGAUACGAAGUGCAAAAUUAACUAUAAUUGAUACACCUAUUUGCACCCAUUUUAUAUACUGCUGACAGAAUGCUACUGUGUAGACAACAUUAUUUCAUUUUUAUUAAUGAAUUGGUUUGCUUUCAUUUAAAUUAAAAUGUCCUCAAAUAUACGAAAUAAACGAAGCUAAGAGAACAUAAACAUAACAAACAUCCAGAUUAUUUCGUAAUGCUGACGCAGUAAAGAAAAUAGGAUAUUAUCCACUAAAAUCUUAUUAAUAAAAAGAUAUUUUUCUUGUUAAUAAGGAGAAUAGUUAUGUGAAAAUCGCUGUUGAUAAUAACAUUUAAAAUGUUUAACGAACGUUUAAAAUAUCGGUUUCUGUAGACAGAAGAUACAGGCUAUUAAACAGAAAGGCCCGACGAUAAAAAUGAAUGUUUCACUUGAAAUUAAAUGCUGUAUUAGAAACACUAACAGUGUAGCUGUAAAAUAUCAAUACAUUCAGAUACCUGACAAAGAGCAGAUUUCGUCUCCCGUCGAUUUCUUCUGUCUUCGUCCAAUGCGCCGGAGUCGAUUUCUUCUGUCUAAAAAUUCCAGGUUCAGGUAAACUGUAGCCACACUUAAAUUACUCCACUUUCACACGAGGAAAGUGAAUAUAGUGAAUAAAUGACGGUGUUUCGGUUCACUUUCGACUUUGUUAUUCAUUUAUCUUCUUUUAUAACGCUAUUUUUAAUUUGAACAGCACCACAAUUUCCCUAUCGGCGACUUUUCGAAGUGCAACCUUCCCUUAGCGAAAUCCUUCUUCUCGUGUCUUCAUUAAUUCUCGCCAAAUUGGUACUAUUUCGAUUGUUAGAUGGAAUUACAAUAGGUUUUAAACAGUGUCAGUGUAAUUACGCCACCUUGUAUAAAAUUAUUGAAAGAAAUCAUCUUCAGGUAUUUGUAUAAACUUGAAGAGCACAGAAGUGAUCGGAACAUCCAUGUUGAUAGAAAUAUAUUAAAGCCCAUCAAACACCAGAAGCUGUAACUACCACUAAACUGUUGGGUGAACGCGAGUUUGCGCCUGACCAAAGGCUAAUUACGUAGAAUUUUCUGGGAUUUUGCGGGAUUCACUUGUCUAGUUCCUAAAUAUAGGCGAGUUUCUGUAGAAAGUCGUUCCGGUAUGGGCUUACGUGUUUUGUAGCCAUAUCUUUUCAAACUGAACCAAAUCAAAAAUAUAAAUGUCAAACACCCGAUCAACUAAAGAAGAGGAAAGUAAUCUUAAAUGGAAAUACGUUUUUCAGUGUCCAUUUCCAAAAUAUUUGCGUGGCUGUCAAGUGAGUUUAAAGUUGUUGGGCUGCAAUUUGAAAAAAUUGUAGACCUAUAGAUUCCUACUUUCGUCUAUCCUUCUCUCUUUUCUAAAUUUCGAGAAGGGAGUUAGAUAGGUGAAAGCCGAGACCGGAUAUGGAAACCAAAGAAGCAGGAGGCCCCCGAGUAACUAUAUAAAAACUUCCGACCCAAACCUAACGUCACGUUAUUUUAAUUCGAAAGGUGUUAAGGUGUUAUAUAGAUGAUCAGCACUACUCUAUUGUUAAAGGAAAAAUAUGAUGUACAGGGGCAAGCCACUACUAAGUUGAAAUGGAAAGCAUAUAUUUUAAAUUAAAUAAAUUAAAAAUUUAAUAGAAAAUCUCAGCCCAUCAUCUCAUCUCAUCUCGUUAGAGGAGUGUUCCGGCCUUCGCUUUUCACCCCGGAC